AUGGCUUCGAGUGAUGGAGAAAAUUCUACCCACGUUUCAAAUACAGAAUACAACAAAGAUGCUAAUCCAUUUUAUCCAAGUUCAUACAAUUAUCCAUAUUUCGUUAGAUUUUCAAACUUACCAUUAGAUAUAAAUGAAUCCCAUUUGAAGAACUUAUUAGACUCAAUUAUUAUGAAUAAUUUUGAUGAAAGCAUUUCCCAACUAAACCAAUAUAAAAUUGUGGAAUUUAAUAAUAGCAAUGUUCAAAAUAAUAACCAAAGGUGUUUUGCAAUAAUUGAAAUUCUGCAUUGGGACUUUGGAGCUAGACUAAUUGAACUUAUGAAUGGCUACGAAUGGCUUCUGAAGCAUUUGGAAGCUCAAAUAAUUACAAAUGAUAUGUAUGAUAGCGUAAGCUAUGGAUCACUGGAUAGGAAUAAUUCAUAUUAUAGUGGCUACUAUCCUAACUUUCCUUAUACCCCUGUUGCACCUAUGAACUACAACUACAUUCCUUCACCACAACAGUCAGCACAAAUGUUUCAGAUGCCGCAGCAAAGCAGUUACCCUAGUUCGUACAUGUCUAGAAGAUCUAGUAAAUCUAGUGACUCUAGGAGGAAUUCAAGAAAUAGCACUUCUUCAUCAAGGCCGCUUCCAUCUUUUAUAACAAAUCUUGUCAAUGAAAAUGCUAGUGAUUCUGAUGGUAGUAAAUCCGAUGUGACCAAUGAUAGCAAUCUUCCAGCAACUAGCGAAUUUAUAGUAGUUAAGAAUGAUGAGGGGCAGUCGAUCAAGGUCAAUCCGUGCAGACUAUUCAUAGGAAACAUACCAUUCUCUUCUACGUGGACCACAUUAAAAAACUUCUUGGUUCUGAAGUCUGAAGAAAUAGAGCCAGGAAAUAAUAUACUAAUUUUACGAGUGGAAAUACCCAUGCAACUGUUAACAUCUCAACAUAAUUCAAGUACUAUACCAAAUCCGGGUCUUAAUGUUAACUUGAACAAGCUCAACAGCUAUCAAUUCUUAUCUUCGUUUUUAUCAGGAAAUAUUGAUAAUCCGGUUGGUGGUCGUAUGGAAGACUCAAAUACGCAACCAUCUAGGGGUUUGAGCAGAGGUUUCGCAAUUGUAACCACAGGAAACAAGGAAUCCCUGGAUAAACUAAUCGAAUAUUUUGAUAAUGUGGAAUUCGAAAAUAGGUCAUUGACUGUUCGCUACGACAAGUUCCCAGAUUUUAAUAAUUAUAUUUUGCAACAAUUGAACACUGAUAAUAAUAGAAACAACUUCAAAGAACCGUCCAUAAGUAGCCUCGCUUUUGAAAGAAACCUGUUUCAACAAAAAAUCUAUUAUGGUAAUCCAGGCUACCCAUCUAUGGUUAAUGGAUAUAUGCCCUAUCCUAUUUACUACAACAACCCAAUGUAUUAUCCUGCCAUGAACUACACUGGCCCCUUUCCAAACCAUCCACAGUAUGCUCCAAUUGUGCCUAAUGCUCAUCCUCCCCAACCAUCAAACUAUACCAGCUCUCCCUUGAAUGAAUAUGGACAUUCCCAGCCGCACAAAUACCCUCUGUCAAACAUUUCUCACCACGACAUACCAAGAAACAAAACUAAUUCAAACCCUCCAACUGAACCUAAGAACUCUAGGACUCCUCGAAAGAGUGAAGAUACACUGCAUUUGAGUGACGAUGAAAAAGCAAGAGAACUAGUCAAUUCCUUCAGAUCUUUAGGGUUAUCAUCAAAUUAA